AAGAGCAAGCUUCAAAGUAAAGCAACAUGCUAAAGGACACGAUUUUCAUCUCCUUAUCCGCACUCUGCUUUGUAUCGGUAGUACAGGGUGGUACGGUGAAAGAAUGUGAGGAUAGGAUGGCAGCAUCGCUGAAGCCCAAACUGUGCGAAGUUCGCCAGUACAAACUUUUCGAAUCGCAGGACAUGUACAAUCACAUCGAUUGUUGUAUGAAGGCGCUCGAUUUUGUGGAAAGCAAUGGAAGUGGAAAUUAUCAUAAGCUGUACAGACUUUUGAACGAUAUCAAGCAGAGUCGUACACAUGGCGAGGAUCUGGAAACAUGCGUAGGCAAAUCGAAACGUGCCGAGGCAAACAAACGGGCCUACGAGUACUACAAGUGUUUGCUUGACAGUAAAUCCGGGCAGACGUUCAAGAAGGCGUUCGAUCUGAAGGAACUGAUCAAGGCUGGAAAGAUGAAGGAGGGCUCCAGGUACGGUCCAGAAGUCGAUAAGAAGAUUCAGGAAAUUGAUGAUGAAAUAUGUAAAAAUUAA